CGCACCGCACACUGGUGGAGAUGAUGAUGAAAGCGGUGUGCGCCCGAUCCACACGGGUCGUGCACCUACUUCCUAUUAUACCAGUGCCGCGAGUAGGAACAACUCGCCGCCGUCUUUUCCUUCGUCUUCCGUUCAACAUCCGCCUGAGAUCGUGUCCCGCGAAACCUCGGGGGACGCCAUUUCGAACCAACAGACCGCCGCGGGGGAUUUUCACGACAUCGCCGCUGAAGCCACGACGAACUCGUCUACCUCGCAUAAGCUAGUGCUGCCCACCAUCAGAUCCUCGUCGUCCAUAAAGGUAGAUGUUGAUGAUCAUGACUCGUCCCGAGUAGACCAAGCGGUGCACGAGGCAAGAACUGCUAGACCUGCUGUUGCAGCAGGCGGGGGUCUGGGUUUCUUCUCCUCUGCUGCCGCAUCAACCUCCGACAAUCAGGUCGCUGAUCGAGCAAAAGAGCGAAGUCCAAGCGAAGAAAAAGCCUGGCUCAAUGACUGGACCUAUUUGGAUAGUGACGGGAGCGACAGCGAGGAAAUGAUUGCGGAAGAAGGGCUAGGUGGGCAAGGGUUUCUUCUUGUUCGAGAGGACGACCGAGAUCAUGUUGAACAAGCGGCCGCUCCUCCUGCUGGAUCUUCACGAGCAGGAGCUGGGCAUCGGCAGCGCGCUAGUACCUCGUCCUCCAGAACGAGAAAAUUAUCUGUCCCUGAGACGAGAAAGUGGUUGAAGACCACCACCACUUCCAGAAGAAACCCGCGCGACAUGGUCUCCGAGUCGCCGAGUAGCGUGCGGAGGUUCGAUAAGGCCAUUGUAGAAGCGGCGGAAAAGCUGGAGCAAGAAGACGCUCUGCGUAAGCGACCGACGGGGGGGUCGACCGCGUUUAUUGGAAUGAGAAAUAGGGCACCAACAAGACGGAGCUACCUCGCGCGAAAAAUGAAAAUAAAUGGAAUAAAUAAAAAGCAGGUCGAAAUGAUGAACAUUAGACAUGUUCAUCAUAGUACCUCCGGAAGUAGAAAUAAGCCAAUGAAUGAUACAACCAGAGCAGCUGCGACCACGUCGAGAUCGCCAGGAAGAAGAAUUGCAGAUAGAGAAAGUUCAGGGAAGAUGAAAACGACGAGUACAACUUCUGCAGUUUUUACUAGCAGAACUACAACAAAACAGCAGCAGUAUCCAAAGGAGAAGCUAGCCGACGUGUUCGAUAUUCUACGCACCCAGUCAGUUUUCGAGAUCAACAACCCGGAGCACCAGCCGGCGGUAUCGCAAACGACGCUGCCUUUAGCGAC